AUGUCCUCCGAGUCUGAGCUGUCUGAUGCAGCACAUCCUUCCGAUGCCGUUCUAGAAAAGACACUUCGCGACAUUGUGCGCAAGGCUGAAGUCGAUCCUAUAACCGUUAAGAGAGUGCGCACCGCCGCCGAGGAACGUCUCGGACUAGACACUGGCUUCUUCAAGGAUCAUGACGGAUGGAACGAAAAGAGCAAGGAAAUCAUUGAAGCUGCAUUCAAUGAAUCCUCCCAAAAAUCUCCCUCGCCCGAACCCACCCCACCAAAGAAAGCCCCCAAGCCAAAAUCCACAAAGAGAUCUUCAACGACUAAACCAAAACCAGCUCCUAAGCGUCAGAAGCGUUCCGGCUCAGAAUCAGAACAUUCCGAGUUCGAGUCCGAGGAGGAAACGCCCAAGCCAGCUUCAAAGAAAUCCACAACCACCAGGAAGCGUGUGAGCAAAGAAACUGUCGACUCUAACGAGGAGGAAGUCGGUGACAACAUAGUUGACCCGGACGGUGACCUGUCAGUAACAGAAGAUAAGGAUGACGAAGCGAAGGCUGCAGAAGAUUCGGAGAGCGAAAUGUCGGUAGUCCUAGACGAAGCACUACCAAAGAAACAACGCAAGAAGAGUGCAAGUGCCGGUACCAAGGCCAAGGCAGCGCCCAAAGCAAAGACGAUCAAGGCUUCUGCUAAACCUGCGAAAGAAGAGACACCCGACGAAGCUGAGAUUAAGCGUCUCCAGGGCUGGCUCGUGAAGUGCGGAAUCCGAAAGCUCUGGCAUCGCGAGCUGGCUCCUUAUGACGCACCAAAAGCCAAGAUCAAGCACCUCAAAGAGAUGCUCAAAGAUGCUGGCAUGGACGGACGUUACUCUGAGCCAAAGGCCAAGGCCAUCAAAGAGCGAAGGGAACUGGAGGCCGAUCUGGAAGCUGUGCAGGAAGGAGCAAUGAAAUGGGGUAACGAGAGCGGUGAGGAUGGCGGAUCGGACGAGGCUGAGGCUGCCCCUAGAUCUCAACGCAGAGCAGCUGCAAACCGCUUCGUAGACUUUGGCGAAGACGACGAUGAUGAUGACGAGUAA